UGCACUAUGCUCCGCCAUCCAGUGGGGUAAUCGUCUUCCUCUUUGGAGAGAACUUCGCCUGCCUGCCUAUGCAUUGGAUUUGAUUAUAUUUGUGUUUCGGUCCUCGGUAUGGACUCUCAAAAAGAGGCCUUACAGAGAAUAAUAACCACGUUGGCCAAUAAAAAUGAGGAGCUCCAUAACUUUAUGGAAACACUUAGUCACUCUCUGGCUGGUGUCCAGGUGAACUCCCCACAGGCAGUGUCUGACCUGGAGGAGGAGUUUGACAGGUUAUUCACCAUCCUGGUUGAGAUGAAGGAGAGUAUGAUCAACACCAUCAAACAGGAAGGGGCCAAGAAGACACAGGAACUACAGCAUCAACUGACACAGAGCGGCAGUGCCUUGAAGAGUGCAGUGGAGCUGCUGGAGUUUGCUAACAAUGCUCUGGAUAUUAAAGACGAGGAUGAGUUCACUAAGGCUGCCAAGCAGAUCAAAGAUAGGGUAACAAUGGCACCAGCCUUCAGACUGACCAUGAAGCCCAAGGCCACAGACAACAUGGACCAUCUCAUGGUGGACUUCAACCAGGAACGGCAACUCCUCCAGAACCUCAAGUUUCUGCCUGUCCCUCGAGCCCCAGAGAUGGAGGUAGGGGACUGUCUGGUGUUAGACAACACGGUGUCCGUAGCCUGGAAGAUGCCAGUGGAGGACAGCAAGAUAGACCACUACAUACUGGAGUACAGAAAGACCGACCACGAAGGGCUGCCACGCAUCAAAGACGAACGGUGCUGGGAGGUGGUGGACAACAUCAAGACCACAGAAUACUCACUGUCCGGUUUAAAGUUUGACUCGAAGUUCAUGAACUUCCGGGUACGAGCUUGCAACAAGGCAGCAGCUGGAGAAUACUCUGAUCCGGUUACCCUGGAAACCAGAGCGUUUAACUUCGGUUUCGACUCGUCGUCGUCCCAUCUGAACCUGAAGGUAGAGGACAGGAGUGUGGAGUGGGACCCCCAGGGAGGCAAGGGGCUGGAGAGCAAGGUCAAGGGCAAGGAGAACAAGGGCAGCGCUCAUCUUACCAAUCUGAAGAACAUGUCAAGAAGUGGAACUCCGUCUCCCAAGAGGACGUCAACGACACGGUCGCCUGCCAUCAGAGGAGGCAGAGACCGGUUCACUGGAGAGUCCUACACCGUGCUAGGUGAUACCAGUAUGGACUGUGGUCAACACUACUGGGAGGUGAAAGCCCUUAAAGACUGUAAGUCCUACAGUGUUGGAGUCUCCUACAGGAACCUGGGAAAGUUUGACCAGCUGGGUAAGACCAACACUACCUGGUGUAUCCACAUCAACAACUGGCUGCAGCCCUCCUUCGCUGCCAAGCACAACAACAAGGCCAAGAGCCUGGACGGCACCGCGCCUGGACGCAUCGGGGUCUUCUGUGACCUGGACUCAGGACAACUGUCCUUCUACAACGCUGAAACCAAGCAGUUGAUCCACACGUUCAAGGCUAAGUUUAGCCAACCUGUAGUACCAGCCUUCAUGGUUUGGUGCGGAGGACUGAGCCUCAGUACAGGCAUGCAAGUCCCCAGUGCAGUCAAGAGUUUCCAGAAGGCCGAGAACGGCCUGGGAGGAUCCAACAGCAGCCUCAACAGCAUGGCCCAGUAGCCCACACACUCACGGGCUACAUCUGGAACAGCACCCUAUUCUCUACUCAGUGCACUACUGUUGCUCUAUGCGGGCUCUAGUCAAACUAUAUAGGGGAUAGGGUUCCGUAGGGCUCUGGUCUAAAGUAGUGCACUAUAUAGGGAAUAGGUUUCCAUAGGGCUCUGGUCUAAAGUAGUGCACUAUAUAGGGAAUAGGGUUCCAUUUCGGACGCAACCAAUGAUGAACUGAACUCGCUCCUGCUUUCUGUGCAAGUACAACCCCUUCCUGUUUCUGAUCUGUCAGUCAACCCGAGCUGCCCGCUUCAGAUGCACUGCGAGACAUGAGAAACACUGAGCAUUGGAGGAACAAAACCAGCCUCGCCUUCACUCCUCUCGCAGUUUAACCAAGCCGCUCCAGACCCUAAGAGGGUAUCAUCACGCAUCAGGCUCUCUAACUGUUCCUGGAGAGCUACUGUCUUGUAGGUUUCCACUGACCCUAACCUAGCACACAUGAUUCUAAUAAUAAUAAUAGCUGAUUGAUAUAGCUGAAUCAUGGGUUGGAGCAAACCUACAGGGGGGGGGGGGGGUAGCUCUUCAGGAACAACCAAUAACCCAGCUGCAGCAUUAAGGGUUAGUGGAACCCUCUUUACCAUGUUCCAAAUCGCUUAGGGUUCGAAUAUUUAAAUUAAGAUUCUCAUUCUAGAUCAGGAAUGCUAGACGUUUAAUCAGGGAAUAGAUGAGGGCACUUGUCUCCUUUUUGUUUUAGUUAGAAUGCUGAGUUUUUAGAUCAUUCUGUCUCUCUCUGAAGUGUGACUGUCUGUUUUAUGGCAUGCCGAGAGAACCUACCUGAUUACUUAACAGCUCCGAUAUUGACUCGUAUAUUUCUGUGUGUGUGUGUGUGUGUGUGUGUGUGUGUGUGUGUGUGUGUGUGUGUGUGUGUGUGUGUGUGUGUGUGUGUGUGUGUGUGUGUGUGUGUGUGUGUGUGUGUGACUAUUGCAGUCAUGUCAGUGAAUGGAUUAUAACUCCUCCCUCUCUCGUAGAGGCGUCGUUUUCGUUUGAACCCUCAGUCUCUUCACUACUGAACAAUAUCUUGUCUGAACUAAACUGCAGGUUUGCACACAAUACAGUACCUGAAGUAGGGUUGACUGAACUUAAGUGAUGGAGAACUGUUGCACAGGGAAUGAUACCAUAUGAUUUAGUUCUGUUUUCUUCUCAUGCUUACAUGUCCUGUGCAUCAGGCUCAGUGUGACCCUGUGUAGGCUUCCCAAAUCACACCCUAUUCCCUAUAUAGUGCACUACUUUUGACCAGGGCCCCUAUGACGAUCCCUGGUCAUGCACUAAGGCCCUAUGGGGCCUGGGCAAAAGUAGUGCCCUAUAUAGGGGAUAGGGUGCCAUUUGGGAAGCAGUCUUGGAACCUAGACGUCAAGAGUGUGUUGAUCUGUGUCUGUACGUCAUUGAGAAGUGUGUUCCUAUUCAUACCUUAUGGCACCUUAUUCCCUUUUAUAGUGCACUAAUGCCCUAAAUAGGGAAUAGAUGAGUGCACUAGUGCCCUAAAUAGGGAAUAGAUGAGUGCACUAGUGCCCUAAAUGGGGAAUAGGGUGCUUUUAGGACCCUCCUAUUACUGUACCUUUUUAAAGCGUUCAGAGGUUCAUCUCAUGAUAUGGCUCACAAACAGCAGUCCUUAAAAAUGAGGUACCUUUUUUUUUUAAAAGGGUGAUAGACAUCAGAUAUACACUGAGAGUGCAAAACAUUAAGAACACCCCUUUUUGCCCUCAGAACAACCUCCAUUUGUGGGGGCAACAAGAUGUUAAAAACGUUCCACAGGGAUACUGGUCCAUGUUGACUCUACAAGGUGUCUAAAGCGUUCCACAGGGAUGCUGGUCCAUGUUGACUCUACAAGGUGUCUAAAGCGUUCCACAGGGAUGCUGGUCCAUGUUGACUCCAAUGCUUCCCACAGUUGAGUCAAGUUGGCUGGAUGUCCUUUGGGUGGUGGACCGUUGAUACAUGCGGGAAACUGUUGAGUGUGGAAAAACCCAGCAGCUUUGCAGUUCUUGACACACUCAAACCGGUGUGCCUGGAACCUACUACCAUACCCCGUUCAAAGGCACUUAAAUAUUUUGUCUUGCCCAUUCACCCUCUGAAUGGCACACAUACUCUAUCCAUGUCAUCUACACUGAUUUGAAGUGGAUUUAACAAGUGACAUCAAUAAGGGAUCAUAGCUUUCACCUGGUCAGUCAUGGAAAGAGCAGGUGUUCCUAAUGUUUCGUCCACUGUGUCUACAUGAUUAUAUUGAUACAUAAGGUCAUCAUCAGUUAGAAUGAGAUGUCUGUCAUAUUGUGUCAAAACCACCAAAGAUUAUGUUUAGUGAGGGGAAAUUGAUAUGGGAAUACUUUAUAUUCUGCCACCUGGUGUCUGGAUGAUGUCACUACAAUAAAUCAGGACGAGAUCCUAAAGCCAGACACAUCUCUCUCUGACCACUACAGCCAGACACUUCUCUCUCUGACCACUACAGCCAGACACUUCUCUCUCUGACCACUGCACACAAUACCUUUCUUGAUACAUUUACUUAGUUUGGGAUUUUGUUUUGAAAUAAUAAUUUUAUUUGACAUAAUUUAUGCAUAUCAGUGGUCUCAAUGCUGAAUAUGUCACAUUUACCUGGAUUAUUAGAGAGCGACUGAUUCAAACUAAAUAACGGACCCUUUUGUGCAUCAAUAUCAUGUUGUGUAUACUGGUCGAACUCUUUUCAAUGUUUGGUUAUUUCAUUUUCUACCAUGUUUUCCAUGCUGCUGUUCUGUUCUGUGUUGGGCCGUUAGAGGGAGAAGGACAUCUCCGCUUGUCUUCAUGUGGGCCAACCUUUUCAGUUAUACUGUAUUCACAUUGUUUUGUGAAAUUUGACUGCAAACAUGUGACUCUUUAGAUAUGUUCACCUCUCCAUUGAAACACCAAAUAAACUGUUUUCACCCCUGGAAACCUGGAAAAAAA